AUGAUAAUAGGGAGCUUGGACCACCCCCGCCUCCUAAGCGAUGAAGUGGAGAGUGAAGAGUUGGAGAGUGAAGAGUUCAGGAUAAGAUGGAAGGAGCAGGAGUAUCAGCCUAAGCUGGUGCCGGAACAAUUCCAGGAAGAAAUGGAAGAGAAAGCUAAACAUGAUUGUUAUGUGAACAUCAGUAAAUUUGCAAAAAUGGAAGAUCCGAGAAAGGAGAGUUGGAGGACCAGGAAUAUUCUCUUUAUUGUCACAGUCCUAUUUUUGGGAUUCUGGACGAAAGACAUAUGGCCAUAUAUACCCCAUGAUGAAAACAGUGAGGAAGAAGAGGAGGAAGAAAAGGAAAAUGAAUUUCAACAAAGAAUUUACAGUGAUAUUUUAAAUAUUCCUGCCAAAAGCGUGCUGGAUCAGUUCUACAACAUCUCUGUUCAGAAGAUGAACCAGGAGCCAAUGCAGAUCCCUGAAUUUGUAGAAGGUUUUGUGGACAAUCUUUUAGAAGCUUGCAGGAAUCAAAUCCUGUUUGACUCUGAGCUGAUCUUUGAAGACUGCACGGGCAUUGGAAGUCAAUUUGAGAAAUGGGGUUGCAAGAUGCCAUCUGUAUAUGAUAUCUUGGUUCCAAUUGUCCUCCAGGACAGAUGUUGCUUUAAACCAGAGAUUUGUUGCAUCCCACCUGACAAUCAUAGUUAUGGCAGGAUUCUCAUGGUCACACCAAGCAAUGCUGUGUUGACCUGCCAGUGUUACAGCACAGAACCUGAAGGGCAUGUGCUUUGCCUUAUUCAUAGCAAAGGACAGGAGUCUGAUGUUCAUGACAAUUACCUAGCUUCUAUCAUGUGUAUUGAGGGGUAUUUGGAUUAUAAGAAAGUUGUGAAAUUGUUCAGACUUGCAUUAUCCAACUCCUGGGACAAAAUUUGUCAUAAAUAUGAUUUUAAAGUUACCUUCCACAAAAUUACUGGUUGCUGUGGUUUACAAGUCCUCUAUCAGUCAGAACAAACCAUUCGCAUAAAAGUCUUCCCUGCUGUGAGGCUGAAGGAUUCAGAAGUCUACCUUGUACCUAGCUUUUCAGAUUACUCCAAGGAUGCUUCAUUAUCCACUACCUACUGGGACAUUUCCUGUGCUGUCCAUGAGUAUAGGUUUCUGAAAAUCAUGGCCAAAAAAGUCCCCGAGAGCAGCUGUCAUAUUAAGUGCCUUAAAAUACUGAUCUUUCUAACCGAAAACUUGCGUAAUUCUUCAGAUCAGCGAUAUGUCCUUGGGUCCUAUCUUUUUAAAACUGUCCUUAUGCAUCUGUUGCUAAGUCAGCCUCACUCAAAGUGGAAAGAAUGUUACCUGGAACAUAGGCUUAGAGAUGUUUUGAAAUACCUUGGAAAUUGUUUGGAUGAGAAACAGCUCCACCGAUUUAUGAUUGGAAAUCAAACUCUUUCUCAGCAAAGUGAAAUUCCAGAAAUGCUUCUCGAAACAGAACCUAUUAAUCUCUUCCGGUCAUUUGCAUCAGAUCAUGAUUCUUACUGCCAGGCAGUUCUAGAAUAUCAGACAAUAUUAAAGGAGAUGGGAAAUUUAAUGAGGGAAUAUAUUAAAAAUAAUGCAGUCAGCUGA